UGUUUGCAGAUGGAUGGUGACCAAAGUUUCUUGGACACAGUUGGUUUUGGUUACUCACAAACACAACCUCAAAGUCCAAUUGGAGAGCAAGCAAUCCCAUCAACUCAGCAUGAAGCAAGCCAAUCAACUCAGCAUGAAGCAAGACCAUCAACUCAGCAUCAAGCAAGACCACCCAACAAAGGAAAAAAUUGGUCUACCGAUGAGGAUAAGGUUCUGAUAGCAGCAUGGGCAAAUACAAGUAUUGAUAUUGUCGGGACAGAUCAAAACCGAGAAACUUAUUGGGCUAGAAUUUCAGAGUACUACAACACACACAAGGAAUCAUCAUGGCCUGAGCGUAAUGCCAAUGCAAUAAACUGCCGUUACACAUUCAUUAACAAAGAGACCGCUAAAUUUUGUGGUUGCCUUCAGCAGAUUUUACAUUUGGAGGAAAGUGGAAGGACUAUACAAGAAAAGACAAAUGAUGCACACCUUUUGUUCAAGGAAUUGGAUAUUAAAAGAAAAAAGCCUUUCACAUUGAUGCAUUGCUAUGUAGAGUUUUCGAAGUAUCCAAAGUGGCAGACAAAAGAACUUGAAACUUCUGUUAAGAAACAAAAGAAGACCAUUGAUGCAAGUCCGGGCACAUCCUCGGUACGCACUGAUGCUACCUCGGCACACAAUGAUGCUCUUGAACAUGAGAAAAGACCCGAUGGUGUGAAGAAGGAGAAAUUGCAGAGAGGUAAAGCUGAUGACAGUGCUUGCAAGUUAUCAUUAGAAACUGUGUGGGCACAAAAGCAAGAGAAAGAUGAGCUCAAAGAGGCGGCAAGAAAUGUUCGAUAUGCACAACAAUUUGAAUUGAGAAAAGAGGAGAUUGCACUGAAAAAGAAGGAGGAUGCACGAAAUGAGAGGGAUGAUGCACGCAAACAGUUUGAAUUAGAUGAGAGGAUAAUGCUCAUGGACACAAGUGGUAUGACUGAUGUGCAAAAGCAGUUUUACCAAGCUAAGCAGAAUGAGAUCCUUGCUCGCGGCCUAGAGAUGCUGGAAGAGAGGUGGUCGGGGUGGUUUAUAUAG